AUCUCUCUCAAUCUGCUCAGCGUGUGAAGAGAAGGUCUAACAGCCCCACAGAGUGGACACAGCAGCUCUGAGGUGACUUUUGUGAAGAGGAAAUUACUCAAAGUCCAGAUCAGAACAAAUUGACCCCAGUUUUUCAUUGAUGAGAGAACAUUUUAGGAAUGGAAAACCCCUUGAUGUUUUCUGUAUAUCAUACAUUUUGAAGCAUUUUUCUGUCUGAACUGUGGAUGAAGAUCAUGAGGAACUCAACAUUUCUACCUCUGACCCUCCUCCUCAUAGUCUUUUCUUUAAACAACCCUACCUCUGCCACUUCAGGGACAGACUAUAACUAUGGAGCCCACCCCCGCUUUGUGUGCACGCCACUCCCUGUGGAAGCAGACCCGUCCUGCUUCACUAAGGCAGGUCCAGGAGCAGGUCCAGGAGCAGGUCCAGGAACCGGGUCAGCAGGGCCUGGUGGACCAGGUCAGCAAAAUGCUCCGCCUGGCAGCUGGGUAGGAGCCAGCGAAGAGGCCAAAGCCACCAUCCUCCACCUGCGGGAGAGCCUCAUUGAACAGAAGGAGAUCAUUCUGAACCAGAGGGAGACCCUCAGAGAGCUGACGGCCAAGCUCACGCUGUGUGAGGGGGUUGGACGGGGCAUGUCGCUCUACGAUGAGCACCACAGCAUGAGCUUGCACCACAGAGCCCAUCAUCACAGGUACGCCGACAGUAAGCACUACGCCAACCAGCAGGUUCACCACAGAAAUGGCAACCUCAUACCGGACUCGCACCCUCCUUACUCUGAGGGGGAGCAACGAUUUGAUGGAGUGAAGGGCAAACAGGAGACAUCGGAGGAGAGCAUAUCAUCAGUACAGCAGAUGGAGAGGAUGCUGCAGGCGCUGAAGGAGAGGCUGAACAACCUGCAGCAGAAGAGGAACACAUCUUCUGCAUACUCCAGCUCGCUGAAGGAGCUGCUGCAGAGGAAGAUCAGCACACUGGAGGAGCAACUGCACCGCCACACCGCCGCCCUUGGCAGCCCGGACCGCCGCGGUGGCGUGUCCCCUCGUGGAGAUGGAGGAGAUAACAUGGAUGACGACAAAGACAUUGGCAAAAAUGCUGGCAGAUACGGUGAUGAAGACGAUGAGGAGGAGGAUGGUAAUCGUGGCGAUGAUGAGGACAGUGAUGAUGAGGGCAGUGAUGAUGAAGACAGUGAUGGUGAGGAUGACAGUGAUAGUGAUGAUGAGGAUGACAGUGAUGAUGAGGAUGAUAAGGACGAUGACAAUGAUGACGAGGAUGAUGAGGACGACGAGGAGAGGGAAGAUGAUGAAGAUGAAGAUGAUGAUGAUGACAUCAGUAAUAAUGAAGCAGGCAGACAUAGUUAUCUUCCUCAUACAUACAGAACGGGUUUCCACUCGAACAAACUGGAAACGAUGCUCCACCAGCUGCACCUCAAGGGAUCCAACAGGAAAAAGUCCCAGAACCUCGACGCCUUCCAGAUCAGCUUCCCGAUGAGGACCAACUACAUGUACGGCCGGAUGAAGAAGACUCUGAUGCAGGAGAUCUUCUCUCUGACUUUGUGUCUCUGGCUGAAGGCAGGCGUGGGAGGGUCAGGAUUGGGAACGCCUUUCUCCUACUCUGCACCAGGUCAGGCCAACGAGCUAGUGCUCAUCGAGUGGGAGAACAACCCCAUCGAACUGCUGAUCGACGACAAGGCUGCAUCGCUACCCCUGUCUCUGAACGAUGGAAAGUGGCAUCAUGUGUGUGUGACCUGGACAACAAGGGACGGACAGUGGGAGGCCUAUCAGGACGGAGUGCAGAGGGGGUCCGGGAUGAACCUUUCACCCUGGCGCUCCAUCAAACCUGGAGGGGUCUUCGUCCUGGGACAGGAACAGGACACUCUGGGAGGUCGAUUUGACGCCACUCAAUCAUUUGUGGGUGAGAUGUCAGACCUGAACAUGUGGUCUCACGUCCUGAGCUCCAGUGACGUCCACAGCCUGGCCUCCUGCGGCAGCCACCUUCGAGGAGACGUCAUCACCUGGUCAGAAACAGAGGUGGAGCUCCACGGAGGGGUUGCCAGGUACCCGUUCGAUCCCUGCCACUGAAGUUCUUCUCUGCUGAAAGGAAAAACAAAACACUUGCAGAUAUCAAAAGACUGACAAAAUAAUGACUUUAAAGAAUCCGAGUGGAUGCCUUUCUUUAAUCUGACUUUUCAAAAAUAAUGAUAAAAAAGGACAUUUGUAUUCUGUUCAAUCUGUAUUAACAGAUAAUCUGCAGGGUCUUAGAAGUUCUUUUCUGUAACUGUAAAUUAGUGUUUUAUUUUAAACGAACAAGUGCUGAUUGUGACAUAUUGUCAUAUUGUUUAUAAGACAUAAAAGGGAUUUUUUUUUUGCUUGUAUUUCCUUUUGAGUUAUAGUGAAUUACUCAGCAGUCAGUAUCCUACCUGCUGACUACAGCAGGUAGGAUACUGACAACUCAUAGGUAAUUCUUUGAGUUCUUUUUUUAAGGUUUCCAUUAAACAUACAGCUAAUUUACCAAAGAAUCUGUAGAAUUAAAAUAAAUUUAUGUUGGUAUUUAUAAACAUUUAGUGUUUCUGUCAUCGUUUUCGUUCAACUUUUAUGUAUUUUUUAAUGCAACACUGCAAAAACCACUGACAAUUUUUACAUUUAGUUUGUAACUUCUGACAUUUUGUGUCUUUUGUAAAUCUGGCCUUGUUUGUUAUUGUACAGUUUAAUAAGGUUCAAACUUUACAGGCGUGUUCAUGUUAUUUUUUUUUCUGCUAAAUGUGUGUAAAUAAAAGUAAAAAAUUAA